AUGGUUCGACCACUAUUCUCUCCCGCGCAGCGUAGCAUAGCUAAGAAACGACUAUGUUCGUCUGCAAGAGCACGAUAUCUUUUCAGCACUUUCUCAAAUGUCAUUGAUGGCAAAACCAGAGACUCUUCACGAGUACACCAGAGCAUCAAUCCAUCCAAUUGCCAGAAACUUUGGAAUGUUCCCAUUGCAUCGAGGGAUGAUCUCCAAGAUGCUAUCACCUCUGCGCAGAAGGCGUUUACCUCCUGGUCAGCCGUAUCAGGGUCCGAUCGUCAAGCUGCCAUUGCUCAAUUAAGAGAUUCUCUUCUGUCGAGUAAAGAAGAUAUGGCUGAGUUGCUUAUGAAAGAAGCAGGCAAACCAAGAAUGCAAGCAACCCUCGAAGUUGAUCACGCAUGUGGCUUUCUGGAUUACUUCGCAAAUGUCAAACUUCCAUCCGAAGAGGUUAUUCAUGAAGACGCCUCCCUCAAGCUAACACUGAAUUACCUACCCCUCGGAGUCAUCGGGGCUAUUGUCCCCUGGAACUUAUCCAUUAUUGCCGCAGCCCUCGCCGCAGGCAAUACCGUGAUUGUCAAACCAUCCCCUUACACCCCCUACAGUAUCCUCAAGGUAGCCGAACUAGCCAUUUCGAUCCUACCCCAAGGUGUAUUCCAAGCCAUUAACGGUGAUGAGACGACCGGGCCAGAAAUGACCUUGCACCCAGACAUCAAUAAAAUCAGUUUCACCGGAUCAACCAGAGCAGGCAAGCACAUCCUGGCCGCAACAAGCAACACCUUGAAAGAAUGCACUCUUGAACUGGGCGGUAACGACCCGGCUAUCAUCUUCCCAGAUGUAGACAUCGAAGCCGUAGCCCAGCAAGUCGCCUUAGGUGCUUUCUUCAACAGUGGACAGUUCUGCCUCGGCAGCAAGCGUCUCUAUGUUCAUGAGGCAAUCUACAACGAGUUCCGAGAUGCCUUGGUCGAUGUCGUGAAGACAUGGAAAGUGGGGCCCGUCGACGAGGAUGUCAUGCUAGGACCCGUUCAAAAUGAAAUGCAAUUCAAUGUCGUCAAUGACAUAUUCAAAGACUGCAAAGCAAACGGAUACAAUUUUGCUUUAGAGGGCGGCCCCAGCACCGGCCCAGGGUAUAUCUUCCAUCCUACCAUCGUGGACAGACCACCUGAUGGAUCAAAAAUCGUCACGGAAGAACCUUUCGGUCCUAUCGUGCCUCUCCUCUCAUGGAGUAACGAAUCAGAGCUCAUCUCAAGAGUCAACGACACCAAGACUGGACUUGGAUGCUCAAUCUGGGCCAAGGAUGUGGAAGCAAGCAAGAGGCUUGCGCCAAAGAUUCAAUCUGGAACUGUCUGGCUGAAUAGCUUUGCGAAACCUCAUCCUCAGGGUUACUUGGCCGGUCGCAAGGAAAGUGGAAUUGGAGGCGAGUGGGGAAUGAAGGGGUUGAAGUCGUAUUGCGCGACUCAGACAAUACAUUACUACAAAUAA